GUCUCCAUACUCUGUGAAGAGAGCUCACCAUCCCCUAAUGUGAGGCUCAGAAGUGCACACUGAAGCAGCACAGAAUCUGAACAACAGAAAAGCUAAAACCUGAGGCAUCACUUCCCUUCUGCCUGUUGUCCUUGAGGCAACUGGGGACAGGUCUAUCACAACCCUGGUUUCCUUCCAGUGGGCAGGAAAGUGGUUUCUCUUCCUCUCCAAGCAUUGAGAGCCAAGUCUUCCAUCAGAGGGCAGUUGCAGAUGGAGACAGCUGGGCUGCAGGGGGCUGGGGUAGUGCAGGUGGCCAGAGCCAGGACAGCUGCUGGAGGGUCACCGGGCACCAGGGAGGCUGUGUCUUGGAGCAGCCUGCUCUAGUGGAAGCUGUUCCUGCCCAUGGCGGGGUGUGGAACGAGAUGAGCUUGAAGGUCCUUCCAACCCAAAGGACUCUGGGAUUCUGACAGCCCUGAAGCUCCCCAGGCCAGGUGAGAGGUGGCUGCCGGAGGCAGUUCCUGCAGAGGGGCAGCUGCUGCCACCACAGCUGGAUACUGGGAGCGUUCCUCGGGCCAGAUCCACGCCUGGCUCGGGGAGAAGUUGACCCUGGGUGGAGAAAGCGGUUGAAGUUUGCAGAGGCUCUUGACGCGCGUGGAACUCCUUGUGCCGGUCCCCCGGGGUGCGCGGUGACCCGAGGAGGCGGCAGACGCGUCAGCCGGUGUUCCUUCCGCAGCCUACCUGCGCGGGGGCGGCAUGGCGCGGCGCCCGCGCAGCAGCCGGGCCUGGCACUUCGUCCUGAGCGGGGUGCGGCGCGAGGCCGACGGCCGGAACGGCGCGCGGGGCCGGGGCUGCGACUCCGACGGCCAGCAGCACAGCGACUCUGAUUCGGAGCCAGAGUUCUCCUCCCUGUCUCCCUCCAUCCCAAGUGCCAUCCCUGUGACUGGAGAGUCCUACUGCAACUGUGAGAACCAGAGUGAAGCUCCCUACUGCUCCAGCCUGCACGCCCUGCACCGCGUCCGCGACUGCCGCUGCGGCGAGGAGGAUGAGUAUUUUGACUGGGUGUGGGAUGACCUGAACAAGUCAACGGCCACGCUGCUGACGUGUGACAACCGCAAGGUGAACUUCCACAUGGAGUACAGCUGUGGCACGGCCGCCAUCCGUGGCAACAAGGAGCUGGCAGAGGGCCAGCACUUCUGGGAGAUCAAGAUGACCUCCCCGGUGUAUGGCACUGACAUGAUGGUCGGGAUUGGGACAUCAGAUGUGAACCUGGACAAGUACCGCCACACCUUCUGCAGCCUGCUGGGCAAGGAUGAGGACAGCUGGGGACUCUCCUACACAGGACUGCUGCAUCACAAGGGGGACAAAACAAACUUCUCCUCAAGGUUUGGCCAAGGCUCCAUUAUUGGGGUGCAUUUGGACACGUGGCACGGGACGCUGACGUUCUUCAAGAACCGCAAGUGCAUAGGUGAGAGCCAGGGAUGGGGUGGGAGCAACUCGAGUCUGGCUGCAGCAGGAAACACUGGCAAAGCAGAAGACCAAGGUGUGAAGGGUGGCAGCCACAAAGCUGCAGAACAAGAAGUUUUACCCCAUGGUGUGCUCGACGGCGGCCAAGAGCAGCAUGAAGGUGAUCCGGUCCUGCGCCAGCCGCACGUCCCUGCAGUACCUGUGCUGCUUCCGCCUGCGCCAGCUCCUGCCCGACUAUGUGGACACGCUGGAGGUGCUGCCCCUGCCCCCGGGACUCAAGCAGGUGCUGCACAACAAACUGGGCUGGGUCUUGAGCAUGAACUAUAGCACAUCGAAGCCUUCCUCCUCCUCGUCCUCGGGGAGCGACUCGGACAGCUCGUGCGGCUCGGAUGCGGAGGCCUGCCAAAGGAAGAGGUGCAGGAGGACAUAAUGGCUCUGCGCACCACCUGGGUGGGGGUUUGUUGUGUUGUCUGCAGGGGCCAGUCAAGCCUGAUGCACCUCUUCCUUCUGGGGACAUCCAUUUCUGUGUGUUGACAAAGAUUUCUUCAGUGCUGUGGAAAUCUUUGGCCUCGACAUCCAUCACAGGCAUUUAGAAGAGCUGCUGCUCCAAGAGAUGCCAGUUCUGACACGAGAAAUUUGUGGUGAAACAGCUGAGCUUCAUCUCCUGACUUGCUAUGGAAGCCAGCACCUCUUCCUGAAGGAUCUCUCGUCUCCCUGUUGGCACAGACAAUGUUUAAGAAAUUUGGCUUGAUGACAGGAGUUGGACUUGAUAAUCUUCAUGGCUCCCUUCCAACUCAGGAUGUUCAGGCAGUCUCCUGGUUGGAGUGUGCUGGAUUCCAGUCAGAUACAGGACCUGACUCACUGCGCCACAGUCCCAGGCCAUUCCUCUCCCCUGUGUGUGUGUAGGUUUGGUGUCUGCCAUGACCUCGUGCCACUCUGGGGCACAAUGGAGCAGCAGCUGCAGGGAAAGGGCCCCCAGAGACACUGCUGGGAGCAGGUACAGGAGCUGAGCUGUGGCUGGUGGUCCUCGAGCCCCUGGGGACUUUUAAUUGCUUUGCAUGUUGGUUUCUGCUGCUUCUCCUCUGUCCAAGACUGUGUUAAACUGUAACAAUAAACGUAGAAGCUGUC